AUGAAGGACGGCUGGACCGUCACCCUCGGAGUCGGAAAACAGUUGUCGGUUCAUCAGCUUCUGGAAAGCUUCACUUUCGUUUUACUUGAUUUGCUGCGUUCUUUCUCAAGUCACUCCUUUGGUCUAUCCUGCUUCACUCUUUUCAUUCUUAUAAUGUUUCUGGGAAACACGUCUCACGCCCUGUUGGGUCUUCUGGGUUGUCUGGCACUUCUCCCCCAACAGGCCUAUACUGCAAGUAUCCCCUCAGAAGAUCGUCUGUUCCGCUUUGGACGCGUCUAUCAAGGGCUCCAUCACAUUUCUCAUUCGGAUUCCGACUCGGGGGACGCGCUCACCCCCACCAAGCGCACCGUGGAGUCUAGCUCCGUAGAUGUCGCGACGAGCACAGCCCCAGAAACCGCAAACGUUAUCAUCCCUGCAUAUGCGUAUCCGUCAAAUGGAGCCUGGACGCCUCUCGAAGACCUGAUAACCGCCCACCCCGACGUCCACUUCACUGUCAUCAUCAACCCGGAUAGCGGACCCGGCGCCAACUCCCUGCCUGAUGAGAACUUCCGCACCGCCGUCCCCAAGCUGGCCGCUCAUGACAACGCGCGCGUUGUCGGCUACGUCAGCACUGCGCGAGGCAACCGGGCAAUCUCUGAUGUGGAGGAGGAGAUCAAAAGAUAUGCUGGUUGGCCGUCUGCUAGCGGGGACAAGGCUUUCGCAGUGAAUGGGAUCUUUCUUGAUGAAGCGCCGACUGGAGACGGUGGUGCUGCGGUGUCGUAUUAUCAGCAACUUGCUUCUCUGAUUAAAAAAUCUGAGGGUCUUGGACCGGACAAUUACGUCGUCACGAACCCUGGAGCCGUUCCAGACGCAGCCUACUUCGGGCUUGCCGACUCGACAGUCAUUUUCGAGAGCCCGUACAGCGAGUUCCAGAAUCUUCUAUCGUCGGACAUGUUCGAUUCAAUCAAGGGAACCGACCUGUCGAAGUUCUCCUCCAUCGUCUACUCCGUCCCCGAGGACACCGACCUCCAGGGACUGGUUUCGCAGGUCAAGAGUAUAUCUAGCCAGAAUUACCUCGGAGGCCUCGACACCUAUAUGUCGUACGACCCUCUGUUGACGCGCGUUGUGCCUUUGCUGGGGUAG